UUCAGUUGAAUUUUCAACGUGAGCGCGCCGAGACGCAUAAGUAGAACCUCGCUAGAAAUCAAAAGUUUUCAAAAAACCAGUCCAAGAUACGUUGGCAGAAUCCUACACCGAAUUUGAAAAAUAAUCCUCCGAAGGAAACCACCGAACAACCAGCAAGAUGUCUCACUCAGUGACUAUCACCCGCACCACCACCAGCACCACCAACACCUCCUACAUUGUCCUGAACACGGGCUACCUCAAGACCUUCCCCGGAAUCCUCAAGCUAUUCGAGCUCAUCAUUGGAGCAGCUAUUGUGGGAAUCCUGGCGUAUAACUAUGAGGACUACCGUCGCUACUUCAACCAUCAGCAGGACCUGUUCCACUUCCUGAUGGCCACAACCUUUAUGAUAGGGACAUUCUGUCUACUCCUCGCCUGUCUCACCUCGCUGAGCACGGGAGGCAUCAUUGCCAAGACGAUUUAUGAGCUGAUCUACCACAGCGUAGCUGCUAUUCUGCUGCUGGCCUCCUCCAUUGUGCUGCUCCUCAGGCUGCGCGACGUCAAGCACGACGGCUACAUGGCGGCCGGAGUCCUUGGACUGGUGAACGCCGUCCUGUACUUCAUCAGCGCCUUCCUGGCCCACCGCUCCUACCGCGGCAUUUAAGCGCUCCACUUCCAAUCUCCAUCCAAACUGAACUAAACCAAACCAGCCACCUACCACCACCCACUCAGCGAGUCAGAAAUCGGACCAAGUGGCGUCUGCAAUCUCGAAGCAUUUGUUCUUCCUACAAGGAGAAGCCGCACCAGGGAGGCGAGCGAGAACUCUCUCCAGGACGAAGCAUCAUGGAGCCAGAAGCAAUUAUAGUUAUGUAGUGGGAGCCAAGAAAUAUUUGUUGUACUGUGAAACGUUCUUUGAUCGCUAGUUGCACUUACUCUCUACUCAUAGUGAUCUAAAUCAUUUUUUUUGUCUUAUUCUUUUAUACCAAACAGAUUGUAUUCAUGUAUUCGAAUAACGAUGUGUAUCUAUAUGUUUUUCUAUAAAUAUAUCGUCAAUUCUGAA